AUGUUCGCUGUCCCAGGUUGGGCCGUGGACUCAAAUUCCCUCGCCCAAGAGAAACCCGCCCCUACAGGGGAUGCCCACCUAUCUCACCCUGUUUCCACUUCGUCCUCCAAAAAGAGAAGGAACACAUUCUCUGAUCGUCCUCAGGCCUCUAAGGUCUCGGGGAUUGAGCUCGAGAAACUAUGGAACCAGCGCGCAGGGGCCAAACCUGCCAGGACAGAGCAGGCGCAUGGACGUCAGGGAGAUGGCCACCAAAAAGGUGAUCGAAACAAGGCUGGCGCAGAGACCAUCCCAACAACGGAUAGGAAGAGGCGCAGGAGGGAGAACAAGGACAAUACACGGUCGCCCCCCAAUGUCCAACAGCUGUCAGGGCAGGACGAUCGACGGCGAACAUCAAGGGACGGCGACCAAAGGAACAGCCGUGGCGAUGCGGAAACGUCGUCUUCGAGACCUUUUCCACGCGAUGCCUUACACAAGGCUCUUCCGCCAGAGCCGCCUCUGCCUGCGAAACUGACUCCUCUGCAAGCCAAAAUGCGCAGUAAACUCACAGCAGCCCGCUUCCGGCACCUGAACGAGACCCUGUACACGACCACCUCCUUGGCCGCAAUGGACCUCUUCACCAACUCUCCGGACCUCUUCGCCGAGUACCACGCCGGCUUUUCGCAACAAGUCAAAGACUCAUGGCCGGUUAAUCCCGUGGACAAAUACAUUUCUGCAAUUAGAACCCGGGGACAAAUCCCCACGACAGCCAACGAAUCCAAGAAGCAGCAGUCAAGCAAAGACUCCAAGAUUUUCUUACAGAACUCCCCCUUACCUCGGCGCAAAACAGGGUCCUGCACAAUCGCCGACCUGGGCUGCGGUGACGCCCCUCUCGCCCGUGGUUGUCAAUCCGCCAUCAAAGCCCUAAAACUAAAAUUUCACAACUUCGACCUCCAUACUCCCAACACCUUCGUCACCAAAGCAGACAUCUCGUCUCUGCCGUUGCGAGAUGGUGAGGUGGAUAUCGCGGUCUUUUGUCUCAGCCUGAUGGGCACGAACUGGAUUAACUUUGUGGAAGAGGCGUGGCGAAUACUCCGGGGGGAUGGAAAGGGAGAGUGUUGGGUGAGUGAAGUCAAAUCCCGCUUUGGACGGGCGAAAAGACAACCUGGGCAAAGCGUGGAGAAUAGUGUAGGUAAGAAACGAAGAGGACAACAGCCCAAGAAGAAAUCCGGUGCCAACGGCGCGGAAGAUGGCGAUGAUGAAGUUCGAGAAGAACUCUUCGCGGAAGACUCUACAACCCCCACCGAGGCCACUGGGGAGGAGACAGACAUAUCUGCCUUUGUCCGUGUCCUUUCCCGCCGCGGCUUCCUGCUGCGCGAGGAGAGUGUGGACAAAUCGAACAAGAUGUUUGUGAGUAUGGUGUUUGUCAAAUCUGGCGUGCCGACCGCUGGGAAAUACAAAGGGCUAAAGUGGAAUGGCCGGGAAUAUCAAAAGAUCGAAGAGGUGAAGCUAAAGGGAAGAGGCCGGGGAGCCGAUCAUGAAGCGGAUGACAGGGAAGUAACGGCUGAGGAAGAGGCCAAAGUUCUUAAGCCUUGUGUUUAUAAGACACGGUGA